AUGAUAGUCAGGGACAAAAAUAGUCCGUCUGUUGACAUUAUGCACGAUUUACUGGAAGGUGUCGUUCCGUACGAAAUCAAACUAGUUUUACAAAAAUUAAUAUCUUUAAAGUGCUUUGAUUUAGAUUUAAUUAAUCAAAGAAUUCAGGCCCAUAAUUUUGGCUAUUUAGAAUCAAAGAAUCGCCCAAGUCCAAUACGACUAGAAGGAUCGGGAAACAAAAUUGGACAAAAAGCUUCUCAAGCCUGGUGUCUGAUUCGGUAUUUACCAGCAAAGUGGGCCAUUAGUAUCAAUGUGGGCCAUGCGACCGUAAAUUCGUAUACGGAAUGUUAUCGUCAUGAUAGUUGUGUGCAAUGCAUUCAAAUUGUGGGUUGCGUUUACGGAGUAACAAGUUCAAGUGCUCGGAAAUGUUUUCAUCGUGACGAGAUUCCGGUUGGAAUUUUGGCAACCUUUCGAAUCCGACUGCAUGUAAAAGAAUUUACAGCAACCACCCAGACGAGUGCAUUUGAUUACCAUUCUAAAAGUGGAAGCAAUAUCAUUGUUAAAGAAGAGAUAAUGCACAAUGUUUUAACAGAGCGGGUUUCAACCUCCACCACAACUGAAAAUCAAUUGUAUACUUCAACAUUACCUACUUUCACGACUUUGCCAACGACCAAAAUAGUGACGACCAAUUUUUAUUUGCCGGAAACCUUACAUCCCACACAACCAAGUGUUGAUCACGAGCAAGACAAUUCAGAGACCACAACGGAGACAAUAAUAAACACUGCUGUCGCCGAAAAACUGGCAAUCGAGACUACAAUCCUACCAAUGGUGGAAUCAACUACGCAUUUCUCUGAGCUAAUUCAUCGGCCCACUGAUCCAUUCCUGUUGCUGAAUACGAGCAUCACAAUUGGGGAAACCAAUAAUACUGCGAAUUGGAAUAAUGGUUCCAACCAUAGUGGAAGUUUCAACUCUUCCGUCCCGACAACUACCAAUUUAACGAUUUCGACUUUUCCAGUUGUAGCAGCAAGAAAACGGAAAAUGUGGAGCACCUAUGACACAAUUGGAUUAUAUGCAUGCAGAAUUACUAAAUUACUUAAGAAGAAUAAUUUCUUUCAUGAUCGAGAUCUUUCUACUAUUAAUAUAUCAUAUCGAGGAAAUUUGAUUAUGUAUUAUGUGAUUCGUUACUCAGCGGAAAGCCAAUAUUUUAUGCCAAAAACAUUUAAAUAUAUGCAACAAGUUAAUUAA